CGUGUUACGCGUUGCUCGUUGCUCAUGUCGUUCUCGAAAGCCUUUUCUCCAGCUAUCCGGGAAAUACGCGUUCUAUUCUCUCAAACAGGUGCCGCUUCAGCAGGCACAAGAGAAUUUAUCCUCUCAAAAUACCCCACUAUUAAGCAACAUAACCCUGACUUGCCUGUCCUCAUAAGAGAAGCUAGCGGGACACCGGCCCGUGCAUUUGCUCGUUUCGAGAUGGGUGUCGAGCGACAUGUAGAGCUGGACAACCUAUCGGCGCAGGAUGUGGAACAGAAAGUCGCUCAUCUCCUAACCUCAUAA